CCGGGGUGGGACUUCCUGUUUAUCUUUGAGAGGCGCCGGCCUGCAGAGCUGAUGAGCGAAUCGCACGGGAGGGCUCCGCCCCCAGCGCUCGGUGGCCAUGACGACCGCCCCGCGGGAUUCCUUGUUAUGGAAGCUCGUGGGGCUACUGCGGGAGUCCGGGGAUGUGGUCCUGUCUGGCUGUAGCACACUGAGCCUGCUGACUGCCACGCUGCAGCAGCUGAACCACGUAUUUGAGCUGUACCUGGGGCCAUGGGGCCCUGGCCAGACAGGCUUCGUGGCACUGCCCUCCCACCCCACCGACUCCCCUGUCAUCCUCCAGCUUCAGUUCCUCUUCGAUGUGCUGCAGAAAACGCUCUCACUCAAGCUGAUCCACGUCCCUGGUCCUGGCCUUCCAGGGCCCAUCAAGAUUUUUCCCUUCAAGUCCCUCCAGCAGCUGGAGCUCCGAGGUGUCCCCGUCCACCGCCUUCAUGGCCUCCGUGGCAUCUAUUCCCAGCUGGAGACUCUGAUUUGCAGCAGGAGCAUCCAGAGGUUAGAGGAGCUCCUCUCAGCCUGCGGCGGCGACCACUGCUCUGCCCUGCCCUGGCUAGCUCUGCUUUCUGCCGACUUCAGCCGCAAUGCGCUGACUGCCUUAGACAGCUCUCUGCGUCUCUUGUCAGCCCUGCGCUUCUUGAACCUGAGCCGCAAUCAACUCCAGGACUGCAAGGGCUUCCUGAUGGACUUGUCUGAGCUCUGCCAUCUGGACAUCUCCUAUAACCAUCUGUGUUCCGUGCCGAGACUGGGACCCUCUGGGGCUGCUCUGGGGACCCUGAUCCUGCGAGGCAAUGAGCUCCAGGGCCUGCAUGGCCUAGAGCAGCUGAGGAACCUGCAGCACCUAGAUGUGGCGUACAACCUGUUGGAAGAACACAGGGCGCUGUCACCACUGUGGCUGUUGGCCGAGCUCCGCAAGCUCUACCUGGAGGGAAACCCUUUGUGGUUCCACCCUGCGCACCGUGUGGCCACCGCCCAGUACUUGUCCCCCCGAGCCAGGGAUGCUGCUUCUGGUUUCCUUCUUGAUGGAAAGGUCUUGUCACUGACUGAUUUUCAGACCUCCACAUCCUCAGAGGCCCCGCCUCUGUCCUGGCCAGUGGGGAGUACCACUGAAACCUCAGGUGGCGCUGACUUGAGUGACAGCCUCUCUUCCGGGGGCGUUGUGGCCCCAGCCCCGAUUCGUAAGUUUAAGAGCCGAGUUCGGGUGAGACGGGCCAGUAUCUCAGAACCCAGUGAUACAGACCCAGAGCCCCGCACCCAGGACCCCUCCCCGGCUGGACGGUUUGUCCAGCAACACCGGGAACUCGAACUUAUGAACAGCUUCCGGGAACAGUUUGGCUGUGAUUGGCUACAGUAUAGGAAUCACCUGGAGGCUUCUGGGAUCCCUGUCCUGGCUUCCUCCAAGACCCCUGCCCUCAGCACCCUGCACCCGGACACCCUGAGCCCCGAGACUGUGCCCAGCCCGCCACCCCCAGAGAAGGAGUCCCCACAGGAAGUGACAGAGGAGGUCAGCGUGGGGCUAGAGCCAGGGGAGGAAGAGGAGGUGGAGGAGCAGGGAGAAGAGGAGGAAGAAGAGGAGCAGGAGCAGGAUGAAGUAGAAGCGGAGCUCUGUCGCCCCUUGUUGGUGUGUCCCCUGGAGGGGCCUCAAGGUGUGCGGGGCAAGGAGCGCUUUCUCCGGGUCACCUCGGGCCACCUGCUCGAGGUGGAGCUCCAAGCAGCUCAAACCCUGGAGCGGCUGGAGCUCCAGAGUCUGGAGGCCGCGGAAGUAGAGUGUGAGACCCAAGCCCGGAGGGAACCCCUGCCCGAGGGCUCAGAGCCGCCGCCCACAGCCCCUGUCCUCGUUCUGCGCUUCUCUUACAUUUGCCGGAACCGGCACUUGCGUCGCUACGUGGUGCUGGAGCCUGAUGCCCACGCCGCUGUCCAGGAGCUGCUUGCUGUGUUGACCCCAGCUGCCACCAAGGCUCAGCAUCAGUGUGGGGAAGUGAGGGACCAGCUGGGGGGCAGACUCCAGUGUCUGCGCUGUGGCCACGAUUUCAAGCCAGGGGAGGCCAGGUUGGGCCUGGACAGUGUGGAAGGUGGGGGGCCUCUGUUCCAAAGCACAGAGGCCCCUGCUGUGUGUCCCAACUGUGGCAGUGACCACGUGGUUCUCCUGGCUCUGUCUGUGGGGGCCCCCAGCGGGGAGCAGAGGCAGGAAGAGCAGUUGCCAGCUGCCUCGCAGUCUCCCAGCACUGCCCGUGACCCUCCCGGCAGCGAGGACCACAGCCGUGCGGCUGACCGCGCCUCGUCUCGGGCACUGGUCUCCCACGACCAUGGGUGGAGCCUCAGUCCCCCCCCUGAGCGCUGUGGGCUCCGCUCUGUGGACCACCGACUCCGGCUCUUCCUGGAUGUUGAGGUGUUCACUGACGCCCAGGAGGAAUUCCAGUGCUGCAUCAAGGUGCCACUGGUGUUGGCAGGCCACCCUGGGGAGUGUCUUUGUCUUGUGGUCGUGUCUGACCACAGGCUUUAUGUAUUGAAGGUGACCGGGGAGGUCUGUGGGCCUCCAGCUAGCUGGCUGCAGCCAACCCUGGCCAUUCCCCUGCAGGAUCUGAGUCGCGUAGAGCUGGGCCUGGCAGGACAGAGCCUGCGGCUAGAGUGGGCAGCUGGGGCGGGCAGCUGUGUCCUGCUGCCCCGAGAUGCCAGGCAUUGCCGAGCCUUCCUGGAGGAGCUCACUGAUGUCUUGCAGGCUCUGCCCCCGGCCUGGAGGGGCAGCGUCAGUGCCACGGAGGAGGAGGUGACCCCGAAGCACCGACUGUGGCCGCUGCUGGAAAGAGCCUCUGCCUUGGAGCCUCCCCACUUCUUCUACCUUCAGGUGUUCCUGGUUGAAGGCUCCGCUACGUGUCCCGUGUCCCUGUUGCUGACUCUGUCCACCUUGUACCUGUUAGAGGAGGACCUUGUGGGGUCCCAGGCAGAGCCCCCUCUUCCAGCAGCGUCUGGUGAAGGCUCUGAGAAGGCCCUACUCUUGGGGCCGGGCCCCUCCUUACGUGUGAGGGAGCAGCAGCCACUCAGCAGCCUGAGCUCGGUGGUGCUCUACCGCACGGCGCCGGAGGACCUGCGGCUGGUGUUCUACGAUGAGGUGUCCCGGCUUGAGAGUUUCUGGGCGCUCCGUGUUGUGUGCUCGGAGCAGCUGACGGUCCUGCUGGCCUGGAUCCGGGAGCCCUGGGAGCAGUUGUUUUCCAUCGGACUCCGGACUCUGACCCAGGAGGCUCUAGACCUCGACCGGUGAAGCCUCCCUGCUGACCCCACCCCGGCCUCGGGAGCCGUGGCUGCAGACCUUCUCUGUCCAGACCCUGGCUGUGGACUUCUCCAGCCUUUGGGUGCCGGCCAGUGAGGCCCCAAAUGACCCACGGCUCAAGGGAAGGCUGAGAGAGGUGGUCAGGCCUCUGGGUGGUCUGACCUGAGGGGACAGGCUCAGUGGUCAGUGGGAGUGUCUCUCCCGCACUUUUCUCAGGUCUCAAUAAAGAUGUUUCUACUCCGGA